UCUGCAGGUCCUUUCCUCAUCUGAGACAACCCUGCCCACCAUCUUCCACAACAGUGUGUUCUGAAGCAGCCUGCCUUUUAGAGAAUCUCUGUCCUUUGAAGGGCAGGCUAUAAAGAUGCUGCACAUGACAGAAGUUUUGGAGGUCUUGAGGAAUCCCCAGCUCUUUCACCUGUGUGAUCAAGAAGAGACUCUAGAAAACAUCCCCAUAAGAAACCCAGGGGCUCUGAAAGUUCCUUGUCAAACAUUUAGGCAUUUUCAGUACCAGUCAGUGGCCGGGCCUCAUCAAGCUCUAAGCCAAAUCCAGGAGCUGUGCUGGCAGUGGCUGCAGCCUGAGAUCCACACCAAGGAGCAGAUGAUGGAGCAACUGGUGCUGGAGCAGUUCCUGAACACCCUGCCAAAGGAGGUUCAGACAUGGGUGAGGUUGAGACAGCCCAAGAGCAGCAAGGAAGCAGGAAACCUGGUGGCAAACUUGAUCCAGGCGUGUGAGGAGAAAGUUUUCCCUGCUCAGGACCCUGUCCUUGCAGAAAAGAGGAACACCAGAGAACACCGAAAGAAGAGCACCGACAGCGCACCGGCCGUUAGACCGCAGGUGAGCCAGGCUGCCUUCCGAUUCAGUUCUCCAGUCUGGGGACUGCUCCUUCCUGAUUCCCAGACCUUCCCAACACUUGGAUUAGAAGCUUUCUGCUGGUCUGAGUGUCUGCUUCAUGGUCACUCCUCUCUCAUCAGACGCCAUUCCCCCCUCAGGAUAAUUCCUGGAUUUCGAUCACUUAGGAGUGUUUCAUUUCAGGAGUUGGUGACUUUCAAGGAUGUGGUUGUGGACUUCAGUCCAGAAGAGUUAACCUACCUUAGUGCUGCUCAGAGGCAUCUCUACCGGGAGGUGAUGCUGGAGAACUACAGGAACCUGGUGUCCCUGGGGCACCAGUUCCCUAAACCCGACAUUAUCUCACGGCUGGAAGAGGAGGAGGCUUGCGCAGCGGAGGGAGACGGCAGCGCAAUGAUGUGUCCAGAUUUGGAGAAAAAACCUGAAACCAAACAUCUGACUCCAAAGCAAAGAUUGCCUAUAGGAAAGUCAUCCUCAGGGGCAGGAGUGGAGGAUUUGGAGGUAGGUAACUUCUCACGUGCCCAUGGAGGAGAGUCUUCUCCUGAUCGUCCAUUGGAUUUGCACCGGAUCAACCAGGAGAAACUUUUGAGUCCUGUUAGAAUGAGUGACCCCAAGACCCUUGCUCAGGAAAGAAGCCAUGACAGUGAUGAAUUUGAGAGCUCAGAUCUUACUAAACAGUCAGAGGGUCUUCUAGGAAAGGACCCCCAGAAAUGCACUACUCCUGGAAUUUGCACAAGUCCCCAGCCAGUGGACUGUGGGCCUUUCCUCCAAGAGGACAAACCCAACAGGUGUGAAUUUUGUGGAAGAAGCUAUAGUACCCAGAUGGCCUGCGAGAGGCACGAGCAGACCCAUAUGGGGAAGAAACCCUUUGAGUGUAACCAGUGUGGCGAAGCCUUCUACCUCAUGCCACACCUCGCCAGACAUCAGAAGACUCAUUCCAGGGAGAAGGCCUCUGGAUGCAAUGAAGGUGGAAGGUCUUUCAUCCCACAGGCAAAUAUCUGUGGCCACGUGAGAACGCACAGUCAGGAGGACUACUACGAAUGUUUGCAGUGUGGCAGAGCUUUUGUCCAGGACGUGCAUUUUUUUCAGCAUCUCAAAGCUCAUGAGGCAGAAAAAGCCCUUCCACCUGGGUUGCCCCGCAACAAGACGUACUUAAUUCGAUAUCAGCGGAAACAUGGCUACAUUGGAGAGAGAGCCUGUCAGUGUUGUGACUGUGGCAAAGCUUUCGGUCGGAGUUCACAUCUCAUUCAACACUAUCGAAUUCAUGCUCAACAGAGGCCUUACCAGUGUCAGCUGUGUGGGAAGUGUUUCAGCCGACCCUCACACCUUACUCAACAUUAUCAACUCCAUUCUCAGCAGAGAACCAUUGAGUGCAAGUGCUGAAAAACCUUCAGUCAGAACCUUGUCAACAUCUUUGACUUUCUCCUGGAGAGAGACCCUUUGAGUGCUCUGAAUACGAGGCGGCCUUCCACCAGCCCUCACGCUGUUUUAACAGCUGGAAGAGUCGUCGUGGUGUCAUGAGAAAACAGCGACUGGUUACAAGAGUAUAGAACAAGCUUUUUGCAG